UGUUUAGAGAAUUUAAAAAUGAAAUACAUGAGUGUUAUAAAGUGGAAUAGAUGUUUAUAUUAUAUUAAACGGAAGCAUUCAACUAAUGUAAACUCAAAGUGGCAAAGCGUAGUUGGUUUAGAAGUGCAUGCUCAGUUGAAUACAGAGUCUAAACUAUUUUCUGGUGCUCAAAACACUUUCGGUGGCUUGGUGAAUAACUGUGUAUCGUUAUUUGAUGCGGCUAUACCGGGUACAUUGCCAGUAUUAAACAGAAAAUGUGUAGAACUUGGUGUAUUAACAGCGUUAGCACUUUCAUGUAAAGUGAACGAAGUAUCAUCAUUCGAUAGAAAACAUUACUUUUAUGCGGACCUACCAUCUGGGUAUCAAAUAACACAACAAAGAGCUCCUUUAGCUAGUGAUGGAGUUAUACAUUUCCAGGUAUUUACUCCUGGUAUCCACAAAAAGCCUUACAAAAAGAGUUCAAAGAUAAAGCAAAUCCAAUUAGAACAAGACAGUGGAAAAUCACUUCAUGACAGUGAGUUGAAGAGAAGUUUAGUCGAUCUGAACAGAGCGGGAGCACCUUUGAUAGAACUUGUAUUUGAACCUGAUUUAGAGGAUGGUGAGGAGGCAGCUGCAUUAGUUAAGGAACUUGUCCUGAUUGUGCAAAGGCUCGGAGCAUGCUCAGGACGUAUGGAAGAGGGUGCAUUACGAGUUGAUGCAAAUGUCUCGUUGAGAAAGUUCGGGGAACCUCUAUCUACUAGAACUGAAAUUAAAAAUAUUGGCUCAGUGCGUGGCGUGGCCGGCGCUGUUCGUCAUGAAAUAGAACGACAGAGAAUAAUUCUGGACAAUGGCGGACACAUUAUUAACGAAACGCGGUCGUGGGAUGCCACCAACAAAGUUACUAUUGCUAUGCGAGACAAAGAAGUAGUUCAGGAUUACAGGUAUAUGCCAGAGCCAAACUUACCACCGCUUCGUGUUAAUUUAAAUUCGAAUGAAGAUACACAAGAUGUAAUAAGCGUUCCCCUUAUAAAAGAAACAAUACCUGAACUUCCAGAAGAUUCUAGAAGAAAACUUAUACAGGCAUACGAUUUAAGAGAGAUAGCAGCUAUUCAACUCGUCAAUGAACCCGCUCUGUUGAAAUAUUUCUAUGAAUUAGUAUCAGAUGUCGCUAGAAACCCUACUAAAGUAGCCAAUCUUUUACUUAACGAUCUCUUAACUGUACUUAACAAGAGGAAGGUGAAUGUCGAAGAUUGUACAAUAACUGUGAAACAAAUGAGAGAACUUACCGACGCUUUGUUGAAUAAACAAAUAAAUUUAGACAUAUAUAGAAAAUUACUUGACGAACUAUUCGACAGACAGAUCGAUUGUUCAGUAUUAGAUAUUAUUAUAGAAAAAGGUUGGACGCUAGAAAGUGACGAAAUUGUUAUUGAACAGAAAUGUAAAGAAGUUCUCGACGACAAUCCUAAGCUAGUUAAGAAAUACAAAGAGGGUAAAGUGAAAAUAUUGAAUUCGUUAUUAGGGAUUUUAGCUAAAACAACUUCUAAUAAAAUGGAUAUGGCGAUAGCUACUAAGAAAAUGGAGGAAUUGUUAAAGAAAUAAAUGUAUAGUUUAAAACAAA